UUAAAAUAUGUGGCCAGAUUUUUCAUCGUGUAGGUAAUCUUAGGCCAGAUCAAGAUAUUCCACCAAUAUAUUCUCAACUAUAUAUUUAUGAUCCACUUGCUGCACUAAAUUUUAGAAUGCAACACUAUGCUAAUGAUCUUUGUUUACGUGAUUUAAUGUUUCAAUUGCAAACUAUAAUUAUGGAACAAAGUCCAUUUGCUCUUGCAUUUAAAAACAUGGCUGAAGUAGAAGAUGAAGAAAUUCGUAAGGCGGCUAUAGAAGGUCGCUCAGCUUCUGUUGUAAAAAUGUCUUUACUUGAAGGCGGUGAUAGACGUCGUUAUAAUCUACCUUCACAUGAUGAAGUUGCAGUUGUAUUUGUUGGCGAAGAUGGUGCUCCCCCCAACUUCCAGGGAAGUUGUUAUAUACCCAAGAGGUCAUCCUUUAAAAAUUGUAUCAAGUAUGUCAGCCAACUUGGAUCCUAUGGUUUAUCCGCUGUUUUUUCCAAGAGGUGAUGCUGGUUGGCAUAAUCAAUUGGUGCAUAACCCUGAGCGUGCCACACUGGUUAGAAAUCAUGUUACAUUAUCUCAGUUCUACAAUUAUAGACUUUCUGUUAGGCAAUUUUUCUGUUCAUUAUUUUAUGGCAAGAAACUAUUUCAGCAGUAUGCUGUAGAUGCAUAUGUAAAAAUUGAAGGCCAGCGUCUUGCUUUUAUCAGAAAUAAUCAAAAUAAGCUGAGAAGCGAGCAGUACGAUGCCUUACAUGAACAUAUUAACAACAUUGCCAAUGAUCGUAAUAUUAGACCAGGGCGAGUAGUAGUUUUGCCAUCAUCUUAUGUAGGAAGUCCUAGAGCUUUAAAAGAAAACUUUGAAGAUGCUAUGGCAAUUAUUAAAAAGUAUGGUAAACCAGAUCUUUUUAUAACUUUUACUUGCAACCCAAAAUGGCGUGAAAUAACAGAAAAUUUAUAUCCGGGUCAGAAUGCGAAUGAUAGACCUGAUUUGGUUACUCGAGUAUUUAAACUCAAGUUAAAUAACCUCCUCAAUGAUAUAUUCAAACAUGGUGUAUUAGGCAAAGUUGUAACGCAUGUUCAGGUUAUUGAGUUUCAAAAGCGUGGUUUGCCGCACAUUUUACUUCAUUUAGCAAAUGAUGAUAAACUUGAAACAUCACAGGAUAUCGAUAAUUUGAUUUGUGCAGAAAUUCCAGAUCCGAUAGUUAAUUGUGAACUUUAUGAUAUUUUGAUUUUUUUUUUUUUUUUUCAGCAUCUUCUGUUUCGAAUGAAAAUGGUGAGAUUCCUUAUCAUUUGAACAAUAUCAAAAUUAUCGUUCCCAACACCCGGGACCUCUCUCAGAGAGGUCCUUCAAUAAAUGGAAACGUAAUGGCGGUAUGGAUGAGUCCUCCUUUAAAUGGACGGCUCAUCCAUACCGGGGUGUUGGGAGACACCGAAGAAAAAACAGCAACCAAAAGGUUGUAAAUGUCUUCUAUCAGUAGAGAUAUUUAUGACUUUUUAGUUGCUGCUUUUUCUUCGGUUCUUUUUUUUUUUUAAUUUUGUAAUUUUUUGUUUCUGUUUUUUUUUUUAAUUUUGUAAUUUUUUUUUAAAAAUAUAUAUUACGUUGUAUAUUUGAUUUGUUUUGAUCUUUUUUAAUGAAAUUUUGAUUUUUUUCUCACCAAUUAAACCUGACUUCAAAUUUAAAGCCCUCUUAAAUACCCCUCCCUAAAUUCUAAAGUCGAAAGUUGAAUUGAUUCAUUAUCCAAUUAUCAUAAUAUAAUGAUGCUGCAUUCUUUUGUUAAAAACAAUUAUUUGGUACUGCUUUUAAAAUUUACCAAAACCCAAGGCAAUAUAUUUAGCUA